AUGUUCUUACGUAUUUUCUGUCGCUGCUGCAACGAUCCAGAAAUGAGUUCAAUGAAUAAAUCCGCUGGCCCCACGGAGAACGGCGGGUUACAUAAUGAUCGAGUAGCAAUCCUGGACGCAGGAUCACAGUAUGGAAAGGUAAUCGAUCGGAAGGUGCGCGAACUGAGUGUAAAAUCAGAUAUUUUACCUCUGGAAACAUCUGCCUUAAGACUAAAAGAACUCGGCUACCGAGCAGUUGUUAUCUCCGGUGGACCCAACUCCGUCUAUGCCGAGGAUGCGCCAAAGUAUGAUCCAGAUAUUUUUAAAAUAGGCUUACCGAUACUAGGUAUAUGCUAUGGAAUGCAAAUUAUCAACAAGGAAUUCGACGGCACCGUACAGAAAAAGGAUGUCCGCGAGGAUGGAGAGCAUACGAUUGAGGUGGAAGAUAGUUGCCUAUUGUUCAAUCGUUUGCAACGAUCGCAAAAGGUUCUGCUCACACACGGCGACAGUAUCGAUAAAGUGGGCAGCAAGUUGAAGGUAGCAGCAUACUCGUCAAAUCGCAUCGUAGCCGCGGUCUACAACGAACAGAUGCGCAUCUAUGGUGUACAGUUUCACCCGGAGGUUGAUUUAACUGUAAACGGUAAACAGAUGCUCUCUAACUUCCUGCUGGACAUUGCCGGACUGCAACCGAACUUCACGAUGCGUAACCGCGAGGAAGAGUGCAUCAACUACAUUAAGGAACACGUAGGAAAUGGCAAAGUGUUGUUGCUCGUGAGCGGAGGUGUUGACUCAACUGUGUGCGCAGCUUUGCUAAGACAUGCCUUAAAACCGGAACAAGUAAUUGCUGUCCAUAUCGAUAAUGGUUUUAUGCGUAUGAACGAAAGUGCCCACGUCGAAAAGUCGUUGCGCGAGCAAGGGGUCGAUCUGUUCGUCAAGAAUGCGAUCCACAAGUUCAUGAAGGGCACGACCACGAUCAAGGUGCCCGGCUCCCUGUACAAUCAGGACACGCAGAUGCUCUGCCAAACGAUCAGCCCGGAGGAUAAGCGCAAAAUCAUCGGCGACGUGUUCGUCAAGGUAUCGAACGAUGUGCUGCGCGAGAUGAAGCUGAACGCCGACGAGGUCUACCUCGCCCAGGGUACCCUUCGGCCCGAUCUGAUCGAAUCCGCCUCGACGCUGGUUAGCGCGAAAGCGGACACGAUCAAGACACACCAUAACGAUACGGAGCUGAUCCGAAAGCUGCGAGAGGCGGGCCGCGUUAUCGAGCCGCUGCGGGACUUCCACAAGGACGAGGUGCGACAGUUGGGCUACAGCCUGGGACUGCCGGCACAUCUGGUCGAGCGGCAUCCCUUCCCCGGUCCGGGCCUAGCCAUUCGGAUCCUGUGCGCCGAGGAGGCAUUCAUGAAAGACUAUUCGGAAACGCAAGUAAUCGUUAAAGUAAUAGUGGACUAUAAAAACAAGCUAGAGAAAAAUCACGCAUUACUAAACCGCGUCUCCGGUACGACCACCAAGGAAGAUCAGCAGCAGCUCUGCCGUAUUUCUAGUGAAAUCAAAUUGAACGCUACCCUACUGCCAAUACGAAGCGUCGGCGUACAGGGCGACAAGCGCUCGUACAGCUACGCCGUCGGUCUGUCCAGCAAAGAUGAACCGAACUGGCAGGAUAUGCUGUUCCUAGCGAAGCUUAUACCGCGCAUCCUUCACAAUGUAAAUAGAGUGUGUUACAUCUUCGGCGAUGUGGUGCAGUAUCCAGUGCAGGACAUUACCCACACGUUGCUAACCGAGGCUGUCGUGUGGCAGCUGCGCCAAGCAGAUAACAUCGUUAAUAAGAUUUUGAUGGAUCACGAAUGUAUGCGCAAAAUUUCCCAAAUGCCCGUCAUUCUAAUACCCGUACACUUCGAUCGGGACCCCGCGCAGAAGACCCCGUCCUGCAUGCGAUCCGUCGUGUUGCGACCGUUUGUUACAAACGAUUUCAUGACCGGCGUACCCGCAAUCCCCGGAACCGACCGGUUACCGACAAGCGUGCUACAAAAAAUGGUAGACGAGCUGUCCCAGAUGCCGGGAAUCUCUCGAGUGCUACUUGACCUGACGUCCAAACCGCCAGGUACCACGGAAUGGGAAUGAUUUCCUUUACGACGAACAGCUUCUCCUCUUUUUGCACUAAUGGCGCCACCAACCCCGCUAAAGAAAGCUAGAUGAAAAGGAAUACCAUCAUCAUUGUCGUCGUCGUCGUCGUCGUCGUCGUCAUCACCGUCAUCCACAUGAUUUGCCACCGUUUAUCGUUGCUAAACCAUCGCGCCAAGCGCUAUACAUGUAACAAUCAUUAUCCCCCUGUCCUCUCCCCCGCCGCCCGCCCACGGAUCUGUACGCGGUAUGCCCGAUCGAGGGUUGUUCGUUGCCUGUACUACUUCGGCUUGCAUUUCAUAGGAAACAUCCCGGGUGUGUCCCAAGACGCGACGCUACACACCCGUAGGGGCUGUCAAACUUUGUCAGAUUUUGUACUGUUUUGCUGCCAUUCAUUUGUUACUUCGUUGCCCCUUUCCCGCUCCCGUUGGACACAAAGCAGCAAAAGUAAGACUACAGUUUGUGGAACGGCUCUAUGGCGCGCUCCGGUCGUUAUUCAUUCGCGAGGCGAAUAUAUGUAUUGCGGUUGUUGGGUUGUUGUUGCGGUUUAUAUUCCAAUCAUAGCGAUAGCUAUUUUUUACCUUUUUUCUUUUUUGUAUACUUUUUUUUCAGUUUCAAAAUGUGUUACGUUGUUUUUUUUUUUUUUUUGUUUAAUUUACAAUGUAACAAACUACACAUCCGAUUAUGAGAUUAAGUUGGGCAAAAUGGAUGGCUUGCCACUUGUCAUUUUGAAAUGGUAUUCUUCGACUGAAUAAAGUGGUUUAACACACAACCCAA